AUGUAGAACAAAUAAGAGUUUAGUAAUGAAUAUAAAGUCAUGAAAGACAACAAAUUCCAAAAUAAGAUUACAAAUUUGGGAGGAGAAGAUACUAACAUGAUUUCCAUCACUUCUGCAAUAUAUGCAUUCCUUAAGGGGAGGAGUACUUUGAAAGAACCAAUAAGAAACACUUCGUAAUUCCAGAGGGAGAAAUAAAAUAAUAUAGAGCCUUAGAGAAUUAUUACGAUCAACCCAAGGCAAAUUGAGGCUGAUAGAUUGCUAUGCACAAAUGACAUUGACGGAGCAGUUCCAGGUUCUUUGCAGAGUCAGGCUGUCCGUAAUCACGAUGUAGCAUAGAAGCUGAGAAUAUAGAGAGAUGAGUAGAGAGCACAAAGAAAAAGAGCAUUAUAUCAAUCACAAAUAGAAUAGAGUUAGGAAGUCUAAGAAAGGGAAUCUCCAUCACCUUACAGAAAUAAAUCACUAUCAGUUCAAUUAUCCCCUGUAUAGCCGACCUAACCCUAUGAAUAUAUGAAUAAGCCUUUAAAACUACCUCCAGUAAGUGAUAGAAUCACGACUUACACAAAUCCAGCAAACAACAGCAAACUACAGUUGCGAUAGAACCAUCAAACAUUUUUGUCCUAGGAAUAGGAAAAGACUCUGAAGUUUAUAAAGAAGUAGCCAGCAUUGAGAUUAUUUGUUUGA